AUGGCCAACCAUAGAGAGGGUCCGGCGAUUGGGAUCGAUCUGGGUACAACUUACUCGUGCAUGGCAGUGUGGAAUAAUGAAAGAGUAGAGAUAAUAGUGAAUGAUCAAGGUAACAGGACCACUCCCUCCUAUGUUGCUUUCACUUCGAUGCAGCGCUUGGUAGGUGAUGCCGCCAAGAACCAGGUUGCCAGGAACCCCACCAACUCCGUUUUCGAUGCAAAGCGGUUGAUUGGUAGGAGAUUUAGUGAUCCCUUGGUUCAAAGCGAUAUCAACCUUUGGCCAUUUAAGGUCAUUGAAGGUCCUAGUGAUAAGCCUAUGAUUGUGGUCAACUAUAAGGGUGAAGAGAAGUGUUUUGCUGCUGAGGAAAUCUCAUCUAUGGUGCUUAAAAAGAUGCGUGAGAUGGCUGAAGCCUACCUGGGCACAACUGUGAAGAACGCGGUUGUUACUGUCCCUGCCUACUUCAAUGAUUCCCAACGCAAGGCCACAAUGGAUGCUGGAGGAAUUGCAGGCUUGAAUGUCCUUCGUAUAAUCAAUGAACCAACUGCUGCAGCCCUUGCAUAUGGUCUUGAGAAGUCUGGCUGCAUUGGCAAGAAAAAUGUGUUGAUUUUUUAUGUUGGUGGUGGUACUGUUGAUGUCUCACUACUUACCAUUGAGAAGGGUGUCUUCGAAGUGAAGGCCGUUGCUGGAGAUACUCACCUUGGAGGUGAGGACUUUGAUAACAGAAUGUUAAAGCACUUUGAACUCAACAUGGAUUUGUUCAGGAAGUGUAUCGAGCCUGUGGAAAAGUGUUUGGCCGAUGCUAAGAUGGACAAGAGUUGCGUCCAUGAUGUUGUUCUCACGGGUGGUUCUUCCAGAAUCCCCAAGGUGCAGCAGCUGUUACGGGACUUCUUUGAUGGGAAGGAGCUCUGCAAGAGCAUGAAUCCAGAUGAGGCUGUGGCUUAUGGAGCUGCUGUUCAAGCUGCAAUCUUAACUGGAAGGGGUAAUAAGAAAAUUCAAGACAUUAUACUCUUCGAUGUCACCCCUCUGUCCCUUGGUAUAGAGGCUCAUGGACAGGUGAUGUCUGUUUUGAUUCCAAGGAAUACCACCAUUCCCACCAAGAAGGAGCAUGAAUACCGAACCAUGAUGGACAACCAGCUUAAUAUAAGAAUUUCAGUUUAUGAGGGUGAAAGAGCAAGAUCUACUGAUAACAACUUGCUGGGAAAAUUUGAUCUUUAUGGCAUUCCUCCAGCACCCAGGGGUGCUGGAAAGGUGAUAGUUUGUUUUGAUCUUGACAUCAAUGGUAUCUUGAAUGUUUCUGCAACAGAGAAGACCACUGGUGUGAAAAGGAAGAUCACUAUUACCAAUGAUAAAUGGAGACUGUCCAAUGAAGAGGCUGAGAGGAUGGUCCAGGAUGCGAAGAGAUACAAGGCUGAAGAUGACUAUCACAUUAAGAAGGUUAAGGCUAAGUUAGAUUUGGCGAACUAUGCCUACGACAUGAAGAAUGCUGUCAAUGAUGAGAAUAUUUGUGCGAAGCUUAGCCCUGCAGUUCAGAAAGAGAUUAAAGAUGCUGUUGAACAGGUGAUUCAAUGGUCAUUAGAUGACAGCAAGGUCAUGGAUUUAAAACCAUGUCAGGACAAGUUGAAAUGGCUCAAGAGUAUUUGCGGUCCCAUUCAACAAAAAAGGUGAUAGUUAAAGAGUUCAUCGUAGCACCCUAUUAAUGCAACAGAUAUAAUGGUUCAAAGUUCAAACUGUCCGAUGCCCUAGCUAGAGCAGGAGCAGUCAUGGAGGAUGAUUUUGUCACUUUUGAUUCCCCUCCCCUCUCUAUUGUAAAUUCUAUGCGUUUUGACAAGUUGGGCUUGACCCAGAACCGUAUUUGUAAUGUUGUGGCAGUAGCCUCAUAAGUUCUUAUAUAUCUCCCCUUUCUACCAAAAA